UCAACACCAACACCAGAUGGAUCAUUACACAUGCCUGAACGAUCGCUGAAGCUCAAUGCCGCCGCCAACACUUUUCUAGGCGAACCGUUCGAACUCAAACCCCUUGUCAGCGAGAUCUUACGCACAAGGUACUGUGUCCCCGGAAGUAUCUUUCUUGUCGAGGGCGUUGAUCGCAUUUCUGUCUCAAGAUCGGGAAGAUGGCAGGUCAUUCGACUUCUUCUCGGUGACGGGGAGGUCUGUAUUCAGGCGAUAUUGGCGCCUGAUAUGCAUCGCUUCGUCACCACGGGGGACAUCGCCUUUGGGGCUUAUGUUCGGUGUGAGAAGUUCGAUGUCAAGUGGAAGGACGUUGGUGAGCAGAGCAUGGUGAUGCUGUUGGUGAGGGAUCUGAUCACAGUCGGUUGGAACGAAACAUAUCGAGCACUUCAGAAGGAGGAUGAACCUCUACCCCAACAAAUUCCGGCACCAGCACUUCAAGCAAAGUUAGCACCUCAGCCCAAGCCAGCACCAGAACCUGAGCCAGAGGUCAGGCCAGCUCUUGAUCAACCCAAGCUUCCAAAGGGACCCCCCAAACCAGCCUUCGAGGAUUAUCUGGAGUUUGACGAUGUCGACGAAGGAGCCGCCGAAGAAGCUUUCGAAGCCUUUGAGAGACUCAUGAAUGCCAAUAGACCCAAGACACCUCAGAAGGCACCUCCGCCACCAAAGAUUGAGUCUCCACGAAAGUCCGAGACAUUUCCGAAGCCGCAGACACCAACAAAGGCACAACUCUGGCGGAAACCACGAACACCACAGAAGACAGAGACACUGCAGAAACCACAGACACCGCAAAAGGCAGAACAUUCACUGAAACCACGAACACCACAAAAGCAGGAGACAUUGCGGAAGCCUGAUACACCACAAAAGACUGAGGUAUCCCGAAGGCCACCAGGUCCACAAAAGACUGAGAUAACACAAGAGACACCAACAUCCCACCAAGCAAUCGCCCUGCCCCGCGACUGGCACAAUCCCCAAACCCCCCUCAGGCUCACCAUCCUCCGCCAAAUCCCCCACCUGCCCUACGCCCAGAACUGGUCCUGCAACGUCCUCGCCAUAGUCUCCCAACUCUCCGCAGUUGAACCCUCGAGUCUUCCGCCCUACCGACAGCGGGUAGCACGCCUCGCAGACCCGUCUACGUCAAAGCAAGUCCACCUCACAGUCUUUUUGGAUCCAGAAGCUUUCACUCCCCGUGUUGGAAGUGCUGUGUUGCUUGUGGGUGUGAAGAACCAUCGUUUUGAUGGCGGGAGUUUGAAGAAGUAUGAGAGUGAUCGCAAGAAUGGACGGUGGUGGUUUGAGAACCCUAUUGAGAUGGACUGGUGUGAUGUUGAGGGGAUUAAUGAUUGGUGGGCGCAAGUGACUGCGGCUACACAGGGUCGACGUUAGUACCGUUAGAUCAAUUGAUCCCGUAACUUUCUUGCGCUA